CAAUGCAGUCCAACCAUUAUCUCUCGGCGGAGAAGAAGAAACUUCAGUAGAGGAACCAUUAACACGGAAAAAGUUCUAAAAUGAGAGUUUUCAACUUGCUGCUGAUUGGAGUUUUGAUUGCGUUGUGUGCCAGCGCGGAAUCGGUGAGUGCUCACCCCCCUAAGGACGAGCCCAGGCCCGAGCCAUGUGACACCACGACGAGGCCACCCUGUGAACGGACGACGACAACAACCACCCUCGAUCCACCCUGUAAAAGAACUACCACAACGGAAACGCCAUGCACCACAACUAAGGAAACACCCCCCUGUGCACGAUCAACUACAACAACGACACCCUCUGAACCAACAACCACCAGAACCACAACACCCUGUGACACAACAACAACAACCACUACAACGACAACAACAACCACAACAACUACGACGACAACCACAACAACGACGCCUACCACAACAACCACAACAACUACUACGACGACAACCACCACUACACCAACGACGACAACAACCACUACAACGACAACAACGACCACAACAACUACGACGACAACCACAACAACGACGCCUACCACAACAACCACAACAACUACUACGACAACAACUACGACGACAACCACUACUACACCAACGACGACAACAACAACAACACCCUGCGAGCCAACCACCACAACAACGACAACAACUACUACGACAACCACAACCACUACAACAAGAAACUGUGACACAGAACCCAUCACAACAACGACAACUACUACGACGACAACCACAACGACCACUACCACAGAAGGCACCACAGAAGGCACCUGUGACACAGCCACAACAACGACGACAACCACAACAACGACGACAACCACAACAACGACGACAACCACAACAACGACGACAACCACAACAACGACGACAACCACAACAACAACAACUACAACGACAACCACUACUACAACAACAACGACGACAACAACGCCCUGUGACACAACCCCCACCACAACGACAACAACGACAACUACUACGACGACAACCACAACAACGACAACCACUACAACAACACCCUGUGACACACCCACAACAACAACACCUACGACAACAACCACUACUACACCAACAACGACAACAACAACGACGACGACAACAACUACGACAACAACAACUACUACACCAACAACGACAACGACAACAACAACCACAACUACAUCAACGCCCUGUGACACACCCGCAACAACAACACCUACGACAAAAACCACUACUACACCAACAACGACAACAACAACGACGACAACCACAACGACCACUACCACAGAAUGUACCUGUGACACAGCCACAACAACGACGACAACCACAACAACGUCGACAACCACAACAACAACAACGACAACCACUACUACAACAACAACGACAACAACAACCACAACUACAACAACACCCUGUGACACACCCACAACAACAACACCUACGACAACAACCACUACUACACCAACAACGACAACAACAACGACGACAACAACCACUACAACAACGACAACGACAACAACAACAACUACGACAACCCCCACCACUACGACAACAACGACAACUACUACGACGACAACCACGACAACGACGACAACGACAACCACUACAACAACACCCUGUGACACACCCACAACAACAACACCUCCGACAACAACCACUACUACACCAACAACAACAACAACAACCACAACUACAACACCAUCCUGUGACACACCCACAACAACAACACCUACGACAACAACCACUACUACACCAACAACGACAACAACUACUACGACAACAACAACUACUACACCAACAACGACAACGACAACAACAACCACAACUACAACAACACCCUGUGACACACCCACAACAACAACACCUACGACAACAACCACUACUACAACAACGACGACAACAACCACUACAACAACGACAACAACAACAACGACGACAACAACAACUACGACAACAACAACUACGACAACAACAACUACUACACCAACAACGACAACGACAACAACAACCACAACUACAACAACACCCUGUGACACACCCACAACAACAACACCUACGACAACAACCACUACUACACCAACAACGACGACAACAACCACUACAACAACGACAACGACAACAACAACAACGACAACAACAACUACUACACCAACAACGUCAACGACAACAACAACCACAACUACAACAACACCCUGUGACACACCAACAACAACAACACCUACGACAACAACCACUACAACCACUACAACAACGACAACGACGACAACAACCACUACUACCACAACGACGACAUCAACCACUACAACAACAACCUGUGACACAACAACGACUACAACAACAACCACGACAACUACUACACCUUGUGACACAACAACAUCCACAACAAAAACCACUACUACAACUACGACAUCCUGUGAAACAGCAACUACAACGACGACUACAACACGCCAACCAUGUACAACAACAAGGCCACCCUGUACAACAACAAGGCCACCCUGUACAACAACAAGGCCCCCAUGUACCACAACAAGGCCACCCUGUACUACAACAAGACCCCCUUGUACAACAACAAGGCCACCAUGUACAACAACACCGACUCCAUGUACGGAACCAACCACCACUCCGUGCCCCACACCAGCCCCAGCGAAGGCCCCCGCCUCACACGAUAAAGGCAACGCCGGCAACAACGCAAAUACUAAUACUGGCAAAAACGCAAAUACCAACACUGGCAAAAAAGCAAAUACCAACACCGACAACAACGAAAAUACCGGGAACGUGGCUCUUGCUCAGAUUCUGAUCUCCCGGCGUGACUGUCGCGGCAAGGAAGACGGCACCUAUCUGGCCGAUAUACGCCAUUGUCGCCACUACUACGUGUGCGACGGGCAGAGAUCAAGGCGCCAGAACUGUCCUCAAGGACAGUGGUUCGAUCGUGCGCUGAAAACUUGUCGUCAAAGCAGCGAGGUUACCAAUUGCCUGGCUAUGCGCAAUUAGGAAUUCAGAUAUUCCAGAUUGAAUUGAAAUGGAAAUGAAAAUUAAAAUGAUCCGCAAUCAACCCUUCUAUCGCGCGUAAGCUAUCUACAUAUGUGUAUUCUAAAUUUUUACAAGUCCAACCAUAAUAUUUCAAUAGACCUGCAAUGUAUUCGAUUAGGUAUCAAUGAAACUAAAGUAAUAUCUAUGUUCAUAUAUUUUGAAAGCAAUAAACUAAUUUUUCAUAGCCAUAAAA